UGACGACUUCUUUUCACGUGACCCUCCCGGCCGCAUCCCCUCCAGUUUACUCUCCAUCACCUCCCCACCCCCAUCCCCAUCUAGCUCUUACUCUUCCGGUUGAUCAGCCUCCAUUAUCUGUUUCCGUUGACCAAUCCAAACGAUAUCACUAUAUCCAAAGAUGCCCAGCUUGAAAGUCGCAGUCUUGGGUGCAGCCGGUGGCAUCGGACAACCAUUGUCUUUGCUACUUAAGCAAAACCCUCAUAUUACCGAAUUAGCCCUAUUCGAUGUGGUGCCCGUCGUCAAAGGAGUGGCUGUUGAUAUCUCCCAUAUCAACACCCCCAGCACUGUGACUGGACACAUACCUGCAGAAGAAGGGCUAGCAAAAGCUCUCAAAGGUUCUGACUUAGUCGUGAUUCCAGCUGGUGUGCCUAGAAAGCCUGGCAUGACGCGAGAUGAUCUGUUCAAGAUCAACGCUGGAAUCGUGCGCGACCUUGCUACCUCUAUGGCUCAGAACUGUCCUAAGGCUUGCAUCUUAGUGAUCUCGAACCCUGUCAACUCUACUGUACCGAUUGUCGCUGAGGUAUUCAAGAAGGCCGGUGUCUUUGACCCCAAAAAAUUAUUCGGUGUCACAACUCUGGAUGUUGUUCGAGCCUCUACCUUUGUCGCCCAUGUUGUAGGCCAACCUGAGAAGGCCCAUGAGUACAAGAUCCCGGUGAUCGGUGGUCACUCUGGUGUCACCAUCUUACCCCUCCUCUCUCAAUCAAAGCCACCUUUGCCGCAAUCGGUUUUGUCAGACAAGAGCAAGGUUGAAGAGCUCAUCAAGCGAAUCCAAUUUGGUGGUGAUGAAGUCGUCGCAGCUAAGGAUGGUGCCGGUAGUGCCACCUUGAGCAUGGCCUAUGCCGGAUUCAGGUUUGCCGAGAGCUUGAUCAAAGCUAGGCUCGGUCACACCGGUGUGGUCGAGAUGGGUUACAUCUAUGUGGCAGAUGAUAAGCAUAUCUCAGCUCACACUGACGGCCUCGAGUACUUCUCGGUUCCUAUCGAAUUAGGGGCCGAAGGCGUUGGUAAACUACUUCCGAUCGGAGAUAUUAAUGAUCACGAAAAGGAAAUGCUGAAAGCUUGUGUUUCUGAACUUAAAGAAAGCAUAACCAAGGGUUCGAGCUUUGUAAACAAAUUGUAAAAAAAAUAGAUUGUUAUUUAUCCAGCGGUGGAAAGAAUGUACGAAGGCUGCGAGAGUGGCUUCAUUGUGCUGUGCUGUGCUGUGUGAUCUCAUCAUGUUUGUUUGGUGCUAAGAGAAGAUGACACUCAAAAAUAAAACUAAAAAAAAGGUUUUAGGCAGAUCAUGAGAAAAUUAAGAGAAGAAAUAAAAAAUGCUCAUGUUUAGUCAAGAGUGCCCUCCCUGACAGCUUUCAAUAACAAAGGGCUGCUCAGAUGUAACUGAAGCUCUGUUCCUGUGUUAUUUAUCAGGUUGGCCAAUCAAGAAAACAUUAACCUUGAAAUUGUUUGACAGGAAAAUAAUGGGGUAUUUAAAACAAAAUUGGUCCCUGGGGAGUGCAGCUGGAGAAAGCACUU